AUGCAUAUUGAUUCAUUCAGCCAUAAAAGCUCUGUUCCACAGUUUGAGCAACACUUUGGUGUGAAAUACGGAACGAAGGAGGCAGUGAGCAUUUCUCGUAACAAACCAUGGUUAAAAGGGCGAUCUCCAAAACCGUGUUCAUUGAAAUUGAAGUCGGGCAUGGAAUUUCUAACAGUUAAUACAUCACAUCCUCUGAAUGAUGAAGAUGUCAAAAAGUUUGAGAAAUUUGUUGGAACGGUACUGUCGAGCGGGGUCAGGGCGUUUUAUAUGAAAGGGAAUGGUGGGAAACUACCGGAUGAACGCUGUAUGUAUGUAUCGAGUGAUGGUCGUGAGUUCGAUAUAAAGAAUUUCCUUCCAAUCUCAUAUCCACGAUUUGAUGGGGAUAUGACAGUAGAGCAAGCGUAUGAAAUCUUGGUAGAAAAUAAGUAUUUGGUUCCUAGAGACUAUAUCCCCAUCGUAAUUGAUGGAGGGGGGUUUCCUUUCUGUUUGAGAAAAGGCAGUGAAGACGUUUUCUUUGCUAAUAUAGAAUCCGGUGAGUUGAUCUUCAUUGAGAAGGAUCUGGAAACAUUUGUUACUGGAGUAAUCACAGAAGAUGAGGCCUGGGCUUAA